GUCGAGGCUCGUGCGACACAACUCUACGGAGCGAAGCCUGUCUCUUCUCCACCACACGCCCAAGCAAUGACCUCCACCGCUCCUUCGCCUCUGCCGCGCGUGCGCACCCAGCUCAUCUGCAGUGACUUUGACGAGUCCCUGGCAGAUGCCGACUCGGACCGCUGGGUGCACGAAGUGCUGGCGCCGGACCUGCGCCGCAACUUCGACCAGCCCAACGGCCCGCAGUUCACCGAUCUGUGUGCCGAGCUGCUGCGCCAGCUGCAUGCCCGCGGCAUCACGCAGCAGCAGAUUGAGGCGGCGCUGAGGAGCAUGUACUUUCACCCGGCGAUGGCGAGAGGAGUAAAGGCGACGGCAGAGAGCGCGACGACACAGACGACGUGGUUCCUGCUGUCCAACGCCAACACCGUGUACAUCGACACCAUCCUAAAGGACCAGAACAUCCAUCAAUACUUUCUCGAAAUCGUCACCAACCCCGCUCACUUCGAAGCUUCGGGCCUGCUCAACUUGCGACGACGAGUCGACCCUUCGGGUCCGCAGCACACGUGUGCCGUAGGCUGCAGUGCCAACAUGUGCAAGGGCGACGAGCUCGACGCCUUUCUCGCGCGGCACGGCGGCAGAGGCAACUUUGAGCGCGUCGUGUACAUUGGCGACGGCGGCAACGACUACUGUCCCGUGAUGCGCAUGCAGCAGGGCGAUGUGGCGCUGGUGCGCACAAAGAGGGGCCUGCAGAGACGCAUCGAGAAGGAGGGAGCGCCACAGGCGGGCAUUCGGUACUGGAGCGAGGCGUGGGAGGUCGAAUUCAUCCUCGCAGAACUGCGCGGCGAGGAGCUUCUGAGUUCUUGAAAGCCUUCUUGGAGCUCUUGGGAGCUCGCCGGGCGCGCGCGUCGUUGCAUG